AUGGCUUUAGUGUUUAGAGCGGUGGCACAAUUAGCUGGAAUUUCAUUAUCCUUGCUGGGAUGGGUUUUAUCCAUUAUUACGACUUACUUGCCACAUUGGAAAAACCUCAACCUGGACUUAAAUGAAAUGGAAAACUGGACCGUGGGGCUCUGGCAAGCCUGUGUCGUCCAGGAGGAAGUGGGGACGCAGUGCAAGGACUUCGAGUCUUUCCUGGGUUUGCCUGCUGAGCUCAGGAUCUCCAGGGUCUUAAUGCUCCUCUCCAAUGGGCUGGGGCUCUUGGGCCUGCUGCUGUCGGGCUUCGGCCUGGACUGCCUGAGGAUUGGAGAGACACGGCGGGACGCCAAGAAGCGGCUGCUGGUCCUGGGAGGGAUUCUGUUCUGGACAGCGGGCGUCACGGCCCUCGUUCCCGUCUCUUGGGUGGCCCACGUGACAGUCCAGGAGUUCUGGGACGAGAGCAUCCCCGAGAUUGUGCCCAGGUGGGAGUUUGGAGAGGCCCUCUUUAUCGGCUGGUUUGCUGGAUUCUCUCUCCUGCUGGGAGGGUGUCUGCUGAACUGGGCUGCCUGCGGGACCCAGGCUCCCCUGGCUUCUGGCCACUACGCAGUGGCAGAAACGCAGCCUCACCGUCUACAUCUGGAGAUGAAAACCACUCAGCUGAAACUCUAA